CACUGACAUUCAGCAGGGACAUAUGACACCAUCAUGACACUGACAGUUUUAUGUUGAACAUGAAUCCGUUUCGUUCUAUCAGCCUGCAAGCAGAGUACGCAACUUUCGUAAGUUGCGCAAGUUUAAAUUGUCGAGGCACUUACGAAGUAACUAAUGAAUUAUCUGUGUGAGGCACUCGCGAAGUUUAAAUAUUUCACAGAGCUUGCAAGGAAUCUCAUUCUAUUUUCAUAUAGGUUCCCAUAGAAAAAUUUAAUUACACACAUUUUUGUAGUGACAAAGUUGUUUGAUCGACUAUAAGUGGUUUUCCUGUUUCACUUAGCAGCAAUUUAUUAGUGUCCAGUUUUAAACGUGACCCAACAGCUCUUUAUAAUAAUGAAUAUGAAUAUAUGCCGAACCUGCCUCAAAACCCCAGCUGACACACAUCUCUCAGAGCUGGAAAAGUGCUUAAAUGAGGACAACAAAAACUACCUCGAUGUCAUGCUGUUUUGCUUGGAUAUCAAGGUUACAGAAGACUCUAAAACAACAACGAAACUGUGUAACAACUGUUACAGAAAAAUCAUAUCGUUUUAUAAAUUUAAGGUAUUAUCUUUGAAAAAUGAUGCAUAUUUAAAAUCUUUGGAUUCGGGAGUACAGCUACCAGACCAAAAACUGACUGUGUACGUAGACGAAAACGGAAUAAAGCAUGAGAAUUACUUGGAUUCUGAUGAUUUUGGGCCCAGUGUGCUUGAAGAUUGCAACACAGAAAUUAAGGUAGAAGGAAAUGUUAAGGUUGAAGACAAAGUAGAUGUGAAAAUAGAAUCUGAUAAUGAAGAUACACAUAAUGUUGAGUCAGAUGAAGAGCCACUAAGUGUAGUACAAAAAGUGAAGAAGAAGUAUGAAGAUAUUAGGGAACAAACCAAAGUUAAGGCACCAAAACGAAAAAAAUUUAGCCAUCCAAAGAAAACCUUAAAAAAAUCAACAGAGAAACAUGAAGCGCAAAUAUGUGAAGAGUGUGGCAAGACUUUCCGUAACCUGAAGGAGCACCUGCUGCAGCACCAGCCAGAGACAAAGCGUCGUAAGGUGCAGUGCCAAGCUUGUCCCAAGCUGUUCCUGAACAAGGGGGAUAGGCAUAGGCAUUACAAGACCGUACAUUUGGGAUUAAAGAAAAAAUGUAGUAUUUGCAAUAAAGAGGUGACCCGCCUGUCAGUGCACAUGGCGCGCCACAACCCCGCCACGCUGCGGUUCCCGUGCGUGGAGUGCGAGCGCCGCUUCGUGUCGCAAACCGAGCUGGACGCCCACGUGAUCUCGCACACGAACAACUAUGAGUAUGCGCACGAGUGUCAUAUAUGCCAGAAGAAGUUCAGCAGGAAACCUUUUGUCGCGAGACAUAUUCGGCAGGUCCAUGAAAAAGAAAGAAAACAUCAAUGUAAAUUAUGUCCUAAAGCUUUCUUUACCAACAGUGCACUUCAAGAACAUUUAGGCACCCACUCAAAGAAGCGGCUGUACGAAUGCAACGAAUGCGGCUUAGCCCUCAAGACGAAGGAAACGCUGAGAGCGCACCUCACCGUGCACAGCGGCGUCAACAACUACCAGUGCGAGCUGUGCGACAAAAGCUUCAGGACUACCGGGUAAACUAAUAGACCACGGGCCAGAAGCAUAUCUCGUCAUGUCAUAUGUCAUCGAUACUUCGUCAGACGAUAGUUUAGAUGAUGUUUUAAAUAAAAAAAAACCGUCACAGACAAAUUAUUAUUUUUUACGUGUUUCGGUGGCCGCCAUUCCUAAACCCACCAACGGAGCGGCAGCUGACGUCCACGAGGGUUCACCAUAUAGCCGUUAACUACUAUACGAGUUUUCGCCCGGGAGGCGAUUGGUCAUGGAAAUCUGUUCCUGGCUCGCGGUCUAAACCGCCAUUUUGAACUUAUUACUUAAUGGACAGAUUGUGUUUUAAGUCUCGCUACUAGAUUACAAACUGAAAUUUCAUAUACUAAAGAAAGAGACACAGCCCUCCAGUAGCGGAGGCUGGAUCCGAACCGGCGUCGACAGCUAUUAGACGCCUCAUCUUUCUAAGAUUGUAUACUUAUGCUCUAUAAAUUGGGACGGGUACCGCCUUGACGGGGUAGCCUAGAGUUCCGGGCGUUAGCGGCGUAAACUGAAGACAGUGAAGACACCGGUUCGAAUCUCACUUUUUCUUGACGUUCAGUUUAUAGCCUAUGGACGCUUGUCCAACUUGGGGAGCACGAUUUUAUUAAAUUGUAGAAUCAAUUAUUAUUUUUAGGAAUUUGAAUGUCCACAUGGUGACCCACACGAAGGAGAAGCGUUACGAGUGCCGCUACUGCGGCGCGCGCUUCGGCCGCGCGCACCACCGCAGCCGCCACGAGUUUACUGCGCACCAGAAAAAAAAAAUUAAAACCGAAUGACAAGCCUGUGUAUAUAUAUAUGACUAAUUCCUUAAGUAUGAGAAAAGCUUUUGGGAAUCUGACGCAGGAUAUGAUGCUCAAAAUUCAGAAAACCUGAGUGUGGAAAGUGGAGUCAAAGAUAUUGAGAUGUUGGAGAAGGUGUAACGCAGUUUCACCAAGAUACCGAAGAAUCUCUAACACAUGCCCUGGACUUCCUGAAGCCCACAUCCUUGAAAGAGCGCAGAGAACGUGGAGACCUGAUUGAGACAUACCAAAUAGCCCAACACUAUGACCUCAAAGAUUUUCAUAAGAUGCUAGAGCGCAAUAUCAACAACCGUCUGAGAGGUCAUCAGUAUAAGCUGGUGUCUCGCAGGUCCUACAACAAUCCUCAUAGACACUUCUUUAGCAACAGAGUGGUCAAAGCUUGGAACAAACUCCCAGAGGAUAUAGUAUUGGCUCAAAGUUUCAUUGAGUUUAAGAAUAAAUUAGAUAAGCACAAUAUGAAUUCUACUCAACACUGAAAACUUUAUUGAUGACUGGAUACAGGCAUUAUCAAUUAUUAUUUGGUGUGGGCUGCAGUCUACAUUUAACAGAUUAUGAAGUGACAUUGGAUCCGUCUCGGUUGUGGUUUCUGGGUGGUCUUAUUAAAAUUAUUUAUUACAUUUGUUGUUAGCACGGCAGAUUAGAACUCCCAGAAAUGUUGCUUCUUCUUAGAGACUUGCGAGUUGUAAGAAUAAUUAAAAGACGAUGA